AUGGCUUUUCUGCUUCCUCUGGUCUGCCUCCUGGGCUUAGGAGCUCUCUACCUGUAUCACGUCAACCGUGGGAUGAAAGUGGUUCCCGCAGAAGCGCAUAGCCUCUCACCCCGUCGCUGGACGGUCAAAGAGAUCCUGGCGGCUUAUGAAAAAGUGCAAAUAUCGCCGACUGACGUGCGCAAGAGUCUGCCUCCAAAACAGCACCGGCGUUACAUUGUCGUGGGUGGAUCCGGCUUGGUGGGCAACUGGGUGGUGCGACACCUCCUGGCUCGCGGAGAGGACCCUGAGGCGAUCCGUGUUCUGGACCUACAUGCGCCCUUGCAGGAGAUCCUUGACCAGGGAGUGGCAUUUGUCCCCACCAAUAUCACGGACGAAGGUGCUGUUCUCAAUGCCUUCUCGAAACUAUGGCCCCAACCCGUCGCCGGCUGGCCCUUGACCGUGUUCCACAGUGCGGCUGUGAUCAGACCGGCAGAGCGACACAAGGCUUUCCUGCCUCUCUGCCGGAACGUGAAUGUGGGCGGGACGGUCAAUAUCUUGAAAGCUGCGAAGAAAUCUGGUGCCAGCUGUCUGAUCGCCACAUCGUCGGGCUCUGUCGGCCUCCGUCGGCCCUUGUUCUGGAUCCCUCCCUGGACGAAGAUGCCCAAGAACAUGGUGCAGGUCCUGAGCGAUUCGAACGAGCUGCCCGAAGAACACGGCCAGUUCUUCGCCAAUUAUGCCGCAUCCAAAGCCGAAGCGGAGCAUAUCAUCCGCGAGGCCGAUGAUCUGACGUCUAACUUCCGCACGGGCUGCAUUCGUCCUACCAAUGGAAUUUAUGGCGUGGGCAACGACAAUGCGGCGGUCACUGGAAAAUAUCUGCAAUCUGGGGGUGGACUCAGCUGGCUCAACCCGAUCAUCCAAAAUUUCGUCAACGCGGAGAAUGUUUCCGUUGCCCAUCUUCUGUACGAACAGCGGCUUCUCGAGCACACUGCGAACCCUACCCGAUGGCCCAACAUUGGCGGCCAGUCGUUUGUCGUAACGGAUCCCAACCCCGCCGUUACAUUCGGCGAUGUCUAUCUCCUCCUCGCCACUCUCAGCAAGGUCCCCGUCGUGUUCUCGAGCGUGCCGGGGGUCCCCCUUCUCCUUCUGUCCUACCUGGUGGAAGGGUACGCUCUCCUGCAACACCUCUAUCUUCCCUGGCUUCCCGGGGUGACGGGUGAUCUGGCCGAACUCCAACCGGCGCUGUUCUACAUCUCGAAUGUCCACACUUUCGCGGACGAUUCUCGCGCGCGCCUAGCUCCGGAACAGGGGGGACUCGGCUACUCUGCACCAAUUACUACGAUGGAGGGAUUGUGCAAGCAGAUGGUUGACUGGAACCGUCGAUCGAAGGUAGACUAG